CUACUUGUAGAUCCCGAUUAUCAUUCUAGUCUGUGAGCCUGCAGCAGCCAGUUGUGGGAAAAUUGAGGCGGAAGACAAGUGUUUUUCGUGAAUGGUGCACUCUAAAGUACUCGGAUAGAGCUACAAUGCUCAGCCUGACCUUAACGACUCGUUAAUUCCUUAAACAACAAAGAAAAAACCAAAGUUAUAAGCCCAUGAGCAAGUGAAGAAAAAGUGUGAAAAGCUACAAAAUUUCUAGUGUUAUUAACAUUUUUAAAAAUGGCCGAAGUCGAGGCGCGCACGGUGCUCUGGCAUCUGGCAUUCAUGGGCUUCAUUGUGAAUUACAUGAUUCGGAUUAAUGUGAAUAUAACCAUCGUCGACAUGAUCGUCGGCAAAGGGAAUGCGCCUUCUCCAGUUGUCGCGACAAACCCACCGCACAUUGUUUCCGGAAACACUACGGAACGCCUGCUUGUAGUCCCAUUAGAGGCAGCGGCAGAAUACCAAAAUAUAACCGGCAAUGCGAGUUCACACACCGAAAAAUAUUCACUGGAAAAACACUUUUUAAAUUGGGCAAAUAUUGAAUAUGAAAAGGAUGGCUUUCAUUGGAAUGAAUACCAGCAGGGUCUUUUAUUGGGCUCAUUCUUUUGGGCCCAUUGGAUUCUACAAAUACCCGGCGGCAUUUUGGCUCGUAAAUAUGGAACUAAAUUGGUAUUUGGAUUGGCGAAUGCAACCGGAGUUUUCUGUUGUUUCCUUAUACCAAUCGUGUCGUACUGGAGCUUUGCUGCUUUAAUUUGGUUGCGAGUUUUUCAGGGUUUUAUAACGGGUCUGGCUUGGCCGGCAAUGCAUGUUCUAACAGGUAAAUGGAUACCUCCGAACGAGCGAAGCAAAUUCGUAACUGCCUAUUUGGGUAGCUCAGUGGGGGUGGCAUUAUUCUAUCCUAUAUUUGGCUAUAUAAUACAUUGGACAUCCUGGGAAUGGGUGUACCAUAUUUGUGGCUUUCUCGGCACAGCCUGGUUCAUUGCCUGGCAGUACUUUGUGUUCGACAGUCCAGCUGAGCAUCCGCGCAUCGCCCCCUCAGAGUUACGCUACAUCGAGAAGUCGCUGGGAGCCUCCGUACAGACGAACAGCAAUCUUGGUCCCACUCCUUGGCGUGCCAUUCUCACCUCACGGCCCGUCUGGAUGAAUGUGAUUGCCCAGUGGGGUGGAAUUUGGGGCCUAUUCACGCUGAUGACCCAAGCGCCGACCUACUUCCGCGUCAUACAUCACUGGAAUAUUCGAGCAACGGGUUUCCUUUCGGGUCUACCUCAUUUGAUGCGCAUGCUAUUUGCCUAUGUUUUCUCCAUAUUUGCGGACUACUUGUUGCGCACGGAUCGUAUGAGCCGUACAAAUGUCCGUAAACUGGCCACAGCUGUCUGUUGCCUCGUUAAGGGCCUCGUAGUGCUAGCAUUGGCCUAUUUCGGUUAUAAUGCCACUGCGGCUAUUGUGUUGGUCACAAUGGCCACGAUGUUCCAUGGCGCUGUCUCCUCCGGUCCACUCGCCUCUGUCGUGGAUCUCUCACCGAACUAUGCGGGCAUAUCGCUGGGGGUAAGUGGCACGAUUGGCGGCAUGCCAGGCUUCAUCUCACCCUAUAUAGUGGGCCUUCUAACGCUGGGCAACCAAACGCUUGAAGCUUGGAAAAAUGUAUUCCUUAUAGCCGCUGGAAUGCUGAUCACCAGUGGCGUGCUCUACGUCCUUUUCGGCGAGUCCACACUGCAGCCUUGGAAUAGUAGCAGCUUUGGAAAGGAUGGGGGCCUGAAGGAGCUGCAGAUAUACGAGGAAAAGCAGCCUCUGCAAGUUGAGAAGCAAGUUGAGAAGCGGGAAGCGAAGGAUGAAUAGGAACGAUGGCUGGAAAUCGCUUUUUAGAGACACUGCUGUGAUUCGCAUUUGACGCAACAUUUGGGAAUGAUUUAUUGACAUAAGUAUGAGUAUUAGUUGAUUAGGGUGCCACUUGUUGCGUUCGUGUCUGGUUGCUGAUAAGCGGAAAAACAUUUGCUUACGGCUUAGGUGUUAGGCUUUUUUCUAGUUUUAAAUUAUAUUUGCUCGCCAUUACCUGGCGAAUGUCAUGGUUCGUAAAAAAUGGAGAGUGAGCUUUGGCACUCUUGAUAUUGUUUGUUUGGCGAACACUCUGCCUUUAAGUGUGUUGGGAAUGAUGAAUAAAAUGCAACCGUAUGUUGUAAAUAAUCAAAAUA